AUGGCGCAUCAAACGUCGAGUAGAGCCUGGGUGACAGUCGUCACGCGAGAUGAGGCUGGCAAGGUGAUGAGCGAAACGCGACGAUUCAUGAGGCUCAGCAAUGUGGAGCGCUUCUGCUUGGACAGCAUCGUACACCGCGCAAAUGCUCCAGCUGCUCGGCCAUCCUCCAAAUACCGCCGCCGCACGAGAAGCGAGCCAAGCUUACCCUCUCGAGAUAUUCACGAAGCCACACGCAGUGUAUCGGGCGCGAGGCCUUCGGAGGAGCGGCGCAGACAUAAGCUGGGAAGGCGGAUAAGAAAUGUGGUCAAACGCCACGGGCGGAAGGUGGCAGCAGCAGCAGCUGUGGUCGGCGUCGUCGGCUGCAUCGGCUGCAUCGGCUGGGGUCUUUACUCUUGCUUGACUGCUGCACAGCCCGCGAUAGCACCCAUCGCAAAGAACGCCUACACUCUGCUGAGCAUGCCGGAGCCUCUUGACGACCGAUGGGUUCCUCCGCUGGUGCAGGUACGCAAGUACUGGCGAGAAGCGAACCGAUCGUGGAACGAGCGGAUGUGGCAGGCACGCGGACUGCCAGACGCAGAGACAGGUCAGCGGGUAUGGGAGCUCAUGCGAGAGGCUUUCGAGCGCUUCGAGUCGUAUUGGGAGGACCCCAAAUCAAGAAGGGAAAAAUAUGGGCAGGCAGGCGGUACGCUGCACUCUGUCCUUGCGCGAGACCCGACAUAUAAAAAAGCAAGAGCGCUGUUGGCGGAUACCUGUGUCGGAAAGAGGACUCUGCUGCAGGCGUUGACCAACGACGCCUCCAGAGCCUGGAGCGCUGCCUUGGGAAAGACAGCGGGGUCACAAGACACUACUCUUGCGGCACUGCAGGAGGCAUGCCCCUGGACCUUGCGAAUGUACCUGCAGCCGUAUGCUCCGUCGCGCAUCCCGCCUGCCUGCGUAGACCGAUACUAUCCCGAGACUCCAAGCAUCAAAGCGAUGAAGAAGACUACACCAGGUGUUCCGUUACAAUUUCUGCACGCGCUGGGCCGGCAAUGUGACUACCCCUGGUGGAUAUUGCCUGAUUAUUACUGGCUGAUCAAAUUGUGGGGGAGAAUGUUCCCAGAACCGAGAUGGUGGGCAGACGAGAAGGUCGAAGCCUUGGGCAAGUUUGGCAAGGGCUGGGUUGUGCAUAGCGACAUUCGGUAUGUCAUCGGCCGAGAAGAGAACCUGGGUCAAACUAGAAUGCGAUUGUAG